CCGAAGAAAAUCCCUAAGUAAACCCUAGCUUUCACUCACACUAAUCUCAACACUAAUCUCUUAAUAAGCAAUGGGAAACCCUAAAGUUUUCUUCGACAUGACCGUCGGCGGUCAGCCAGCCGGCAAGAUCGUCAUGGAACUGUUUGCCGAUGUGGUCCCAAAGACCGCUGAAAACUUCCGUGCGCUCUGCACCGGCGAGAAAGGAACCGGAAAGAUGGGGAAACCACUCCACUUCAAAGGAUCAUCGUUCCACCGUGUGAUCCCUGGAUUUAUGUGCCAGGGAGGCGAUUUCACCGCCGGAAACGGAACCGGAGGAGAGUCGAUCUACGGUGCUAAGUUCGCCGACGAGAACUUCGUCAAAAAGCACACUGGACCAGGUGUCUUGUCUAUGGCGAAUGCCGGACCCGGAACCAAUGGAUCUCAGUUUUUCAUUUGCACUGCUAAAACCGAGUGGCUCGACGGUAAACACGUGGUGUUUGGCCAGAUCGUUGAAGGUAUGGAUGUUGUUAAGGCUGUUGAGAAGGUCGGAUCCUCUUCCGGCAGGACAUCCAAGCCUGUUAUUAUCGCCGACUGCGGUCAGAUUUCUUAAGUGAUUGCGGCGGAGACCGCCGCGGAGGCGGCGGUAUUAUCUUUUUUUAUAAAUUUCGAAUGCGUCUGGUUUUAGGUUUAAAUUAGGGUUUAUUGUUAUUGUCUAUGGUGGUGUUACUUUUAUGGUGUCGUUGAGUAUUAAAAUAUUUGGUUGUUCUUGAAACUUAUUUUAGAAUGUUUGAUCAUUAUCAAUGAAUGAAGAGCUACCAAAUAUUAAUAAGAUUUAAUUUCUGAAA